AUGGUCUCUAGCUAUCAUUUAACUGUUAAAAAGUAUCUCGAUGAAAAUCGAAUUGGUUGUACAUUACCUGAACAUAUUCAACGAGGAUGGGAUCGAAUCUACACACUCGAAGAGCAACAAUUCAAUACACGAUCAUGUAUAAUUGGACCUGAUGUUCAAAUUCCAAAUUCAAUUGUUCGUAAACGACUAGGCACCACACAAAUGUUAAUGAAAACCAAUAUUGAAAUUUUACGAAAAGCAUUCGAAUUACCUAAUGAAUUAUUUAUAAAUUUAUCUGAUGAACAUAAAUUGUUCGACAUAAUCGAAGAUGACCAACUUAGUUUUGAAUGGAAUGAUGAAGAUAAUAAUAAUGAAAUAAAACAUCAAAAAUCAGCAAUUGAUAUAAUUCUUAAUAAACAACGUGAAAAAAGACGUAAAUAUGAAGAUUAUAAAUAUGAUUAUGAUAAUAUUGAACCAUUAUCAAUUUAUGAUAUAAUUGAAGAAAUUCAUACAAAUAUUGAAAAAAAUUUAAACAAUGAAGAUUUAAAAUUAAUUGCAGAUUUAAUGCAAAUAAUAAGUCGACAUAACAAAAAUCAAAUUAUGAAUAUUUAUGAUGAAUUAACUAAUGUUCAAUUGAUUAGUAAAUUUGGUGGUGUUCCUAAAUUUGUACAGGCUUUACAAGAAAUUCAAAAAGCAUUUGAACAAGUAGCUAUGAAAACCAAUCUAAUUUCUAUUGAAACUGUUCUUAAUGUAUUACUUGAAAAAGAUAAUACAUAUCGUUUAGCAAUGGAACUAUUGAAAUCAUUUAAUGAAAACAUUAAAAAAACUAAACAACAACAAAUAUUGAAAUUAGAAGAUAAGUCUGGCGAUAUAUCUGAUCAUGAUCAAACUGUAUUCAAUAUUUUAAUGAAAGAUCGUAUUAGUCGAUUAUCUGCAUCGGAUUUGACUAUGUUAAUUCAUGAUUUUGAAACAAUUCAAAAUAUUGAUACAACUAAAGUGGGUAAUGAUCGUGAUGGUCUAGUAAACUUUAUAUCCGAACAAUUGAAUAUUAUUUUUAUACGUGCACAUCUUGAUGGAAUUAAAACAAUUUUUCAUGCAAUGAAAUCAUCUAUUGGUGUUUCAUUAAAAGAUUUUAUUGAUAAAAUUGAAAGUAGUCUAACAACUAAAUUAACUGAACAUGAUAGUAUUAUUAUUGAAUCAUAUAUUCAUGAUUAUCUUUCAUCUUUAACUAAUAAUGAAUUGAAAAUUAUCUAUGAACGUUUAGCACAACAAGGUGUUCUUCAACGUAUUGCAAUAACUGGAGAAUUAAAUCAAACGAUCACACUGAAUUUAAUGAAAAAGAUUGAUACAAAUGGAUUAGAUGCAGUCAUUGAAUCUAUGAAAAAUGUUCAACUAGAUAAUGACUUCAUGAAAGAACUUAUAGAAGCAUUAACGAAUAUCAAUCAUUAUAUUCAAACUCAAUCAUCUAUUUCACUUGAUCAAAUUCAAAAUCAAUUGGGUAUGGCAUACUUUGUUGAAACACGUAAUCUUAGCAAACCUGAUAUUCAUGAAUUAUCUAAAGCAGCUGAUUUAUAUUCUAUUAUUCAUAUAAAUCUUACUGAAAAAGCGACUAUUGAUGAAUGUUCAACAUUUCUCGAACAUUUGAAAGCUCCAUUUAUACGUAUAUGUAUUCAACGAAUUUUAGAUUUAAUCAAACAAGAUAAUACUAUUAAUUUGGAUAAAGUAUCAAAUAAAUUUUAUAAUGAACGUAUUAUUGAUCUAAUCAAUGAAUUAAUUUAUGGAUCUGAUGAAUUUAAUCGAAAUUUAUUUAUUCAUCAAAUUAAAAAACAUUUAAAGAAAAAUAAAGAAUUACCAGAUAAACUCUAUCGACAAAUGUUAAAAGAAAAAUUCAUUCAUAUUGAUACUAAAAUUAAAAUAGAUACAGAUAAAAAGAAAGUUUCAACAAUUAUCAAUGAAAUAAAUCGAAUUUUAAUUAAUUCUGGACCAAAGCUUCAAUCAAUAACACAAAUAACAAAAAAGCAUUCCAAAAUUCUUGAUGAUACCAAAAAAACCAAUAAUUUGUCUAUUGACAAAGAUGAAAAGGAAAAAUUGAAAUUCAAUGCUCGAAUUUCAUUAGCAUUAAAAUCAGAAGAACAACAAAAAAGUACUCUAGGUAUUGCCCGUGAACAGCCAGUCUUAUUAUCCCCAACACCAAUAACAACAGAUACAAUUAAUAUGACUAAUGUUUCAAAACCUCCAAGUGAAACCAAAGAAAUAUCUGAUUUAUUACAACAACCAAAUGAAUUGCAUGAAGAAAAUUUUGAAAAACCUGAUACAUCAUUUAUUGUAAAAAGCAUCGAAACAUUCCAAGGUGAUCUUGAAAUUAUUCGACCUGAAACGAUUUCUACUGGUAAAAUGAAUGAAAAUAAAACUCUCAAUUUUGAAUUAAAUUCAAAUGCAGCUCUUCUUUUCUAUCCUCCAUCUGUAUUAAAUGAUUCAAAACAAGAAAUAAAUACAAUUGUAAGUGGUAGAAUAGCAGAAUUUGUAAAUGAUUCACAAUUUGUCAAAACAAAAGCACAACGAUUAUUUGCUAAAACAAUACCAACAAACAUUGUUCGUCAACCAAUUGAAGAAGAUACAAUCGAUAGGAGUUCAUCAUCGUCAAAUCUUACAACCAAUAAUGCAGAAACUAUUUCCACUGUAAUUGAAGCUCGAAAAUUGUUAGGCCCAUCAAAUCGACCAUCUGAUGAGCCAUCAAUACCUAUUUCAACGCUUCCAUCUGAUAAUAUUAAAUCAUCUGCUAAAACUCUUCAUCGUAAUCUUCCUAAAUCAAUAAAAAAAAUUGAAGAUAUUUAUAUAAAUUCUUUAACAAAAGCUUUACGUAACUUAUUUACUCGUUCAGAAUAUCAUAGUGUAAAAUUACAAAAAAUUCAUGAAGAACUUAUUACAUCCGGUCAUAUAUCACCAUUAAAUGAAUUCUAUCGUUCACCAAGUGAAGCUUUACGUGUAACACUUGAUCAUUGUAGUACUUAUGCUGAUUUAAUUAAAUGGACAUUAUCAUUAUUACAAACAAAUAAUAAACGAAAUUUAAUUGAUUUUGGUCAUGAUCUUUAUUCGAUUGCAAUUGAUUUAGAUUUUGCAUUAAUUGAACGUAUUGAUAAUACACGAUGUGCAAUUGAUAUACAAGAAAAUCUCAAAUAUGAAUUACAAACAAUUACUGAAACUGAUUUACGAGAAAUUAAUUCUUACUUAAAUGCUUCUCAAUUGGAUAAACUAGUUCAUUUAUCAAAAAAGCUUAAUGUUAUUUCAAAAGAUCGUAUGAUAUCGGAUCUUAAUUUAUUACUUCUUCAUCUUAUUCAAGUUUGUCAUACAUUCGAACUUAAAUAUCGUCCCAUGCAAACACGUAUUCGUGAAAUAGCCGAAAGAUUUAAAUCUCGAGCUGUUACUGAUCUUGUACGUAAAUUAGAUGAAAUUGAAAAACGUUUAGCAAAAAAUUUUUCAAUAACAUUUCAUGGUCUUAGUAAACGUAUGAAUGAAUCACGAUUCAUAUUAAUGAAAUAA